AUGUCAGUCGGGAAUCAGUUGCGCUCAUCUCCUUCGCCAGGAUGUGAACUGCGCCGACAUCUACAUCAGCAAAACGACCGGCGUGACCUCUCGUACAACUGCGUCGCCCCCUGUGAUCACCACGAGCUCCUACCACUGCUGCCUCUACCACUGGAGGAACUGACAAUACUCGUUCCACCUCUGUGCGCCAACGACCCCCCCCCCACUGCUGUCCCUGUCACAAAUCAAGCAACCACGGCUGCCCCUGGUGACAAGUUUGACGGCAACCGCAACACGUGCUGCUGGUCUGGAAACCCCCUGCUCGUCCCGAACUCCAAAUCCGACUGUGCGUCGUUCUCUUCGUUUGUGUGGUAA